CCUUGCCCAGUCAGUCGUUAUCGCAAGAAAACAACAACACAGCCCAUGAGCCCAUGUUCUGCCAAAAAAUUGAAUCUCCAAGUAGCCAUCAUGGCGAAUCCUCGAAAAUUCAGUGAAAAGAUAGCUUUACACAAUCAAAAACAGGCCGAAGAAACUGCAGAGUUUGAAAAAAUUAUGCGUGAAGUGUCGGAUGCCACCAGUAAAGGAAAUGGCAUGCCUCAACCUGCCAAGCAACACCUCCGCAUCAACAGCCAAUCGCUGGGCUCGUUCCGGGGUGGCUCACUGCCCAACGUUAACAACAUUGCUAAUAGUUCUACGGUUGACCUCAAGUCGGUGCUGAGCAACCUGGACGAGAUACAACAACACCAACAGAAGCAACAACAGCCGGUGAUGAGGGGCGGCGCCUCGGAUGGUGGCGGAGGGGGGGGCCUCUUCAUACCUCGCGAGAGGGGGCGCUCGCUUGGAGGUGGCGGGAGUGCGUCGAGCGUCGGCAGUGGAGGUCCGAUGCGCGCCCGUGACAAGGGCCGCAUGGAGGCGCUGCCCUACUACACGGCGGGGGGACCCUACCUGAGUCCACCGCCCCCCGCCGACCCACAUUGGAGGCGCACCAACUCAGACUCGGCCCUGCACCAGAGCGGUGGCGGCCAGGCUGGCCAGGAGGGUGGUGCCGGUAUGCGCAGUCCCGGUGCGCAUAGGAGGGUCCACUACAAUCCAUUUGCAGCUGCUUCUUUUGGUUUAGACGGUCAUGGUCAGUAUGACGGACACGGACAGUAUGAGCCGACAAGGACUCGGCAUGUUUCGGUCAGUCCCGACGGUCGGCCAAAGUCAUGCGAAGUUCCACGUGUCAACAUCUACCCGUCACAACAGGAGCCGGGCAUCGUUCAGAUUCCGAUCGGCAACAACACGGGUUCACUGCCCGACCUCACCAGCUUCCACUUUCCCUCCCCCCUGCCCACGCCUAUCGACCACGACGAUCACAGCAGUUCGCCAUACAGCAAUAGUCCGCAGGGCACAAGUCCGUCAACACUGUCGCCAACCUCACUGCCGCCGCAACGGCAGACGGGAAACCGGUUCUCGUACGGAGGGUCGCCACCCAACGAGAGUCCCGGCCCACCGCUUCACUACAGUCCGCUUAGUCCCACCACGCCGAAUCACCUCUCAGUGCCUCAUGCCAACUCUAGGUUCCUUCUUAAUAAUCAUAAGGGUGUUAAAUUAGAAAAUAGUAUAGACACAACAUCGACAUCGUCGUCAUCGCCCUACUCGCCGCACCCGCCACAACAUCACCACAACCACCAACAACACCAUCAACAACAACAACAGCAGCAGCAGCAGCAGCAACAGUUCAUCUACCACUCGGCGCCCUCGCCGCAGCCGCAGGCGACCUCAGCCCAGCAGCCGCCACUCAGUCCGCACAGUCCGCAGACAACCCCGCCGCAGUCCAUGAAUGUAGUGAAUUAUUUAAGUUAUCGCUCACCUACUAGGCCAAGUCCACGCAAUUCUCCAGGGCUUAGUGUCGAUUACGGGAGCACGAGUCCGAUCUGCAGUAGUCCGCAGUCACCGCUGUCUCCGGCCAGCAGCACCAGUACAGUUCCCCCGCCGCAGCCCUCCUUCGCCAAGCACAACAACUUCAUCUUCACUCAGGACCUCAACCUCGAACAGGACUUCCAGCAGAUCAAUAUGGGCGUGGACUGGAGCCAGCUUAUGCACACCUUAGUGGAGAAUAGUCCCACGUGGAGCGCACAGUUGCAGAUGGACAGUCCUGGUUCUGGGAACAUUGAUUUCAUCAGUUCAAAUGCAUUAGCAUCUUACACUCAGGAUGAGUGUGGAGGCGGUGGACAGGAGCUCGGGGGUGGCGACCCGGGCUACUUCAGCACAUCCCCCUCCCAGCAGCUGCACUAUCACGGGGUGGGUGGAGGAGGUGGAGGAGCGCACACCAAUGCCGCCACCACACCCAACACGCCUAGCAGUAUUCCCGACAUUGUGCUCACUGACUUUUCAAGUCCUGGAGAUGACCUCGGUCUACGAGGGGAGCGGUCAGAGCUAGUCAAGGAGCUGAACAUGGUCGACCAGACAACGGCUGACAUGUUUGAUGCCGAUGAGUGCCUGCGUGAGGGUCUUGGACCCAUUGACCUGGAUGGCUUUCAGAUGCUCACUGACCAGGAAGUCAUCAUCACAGAUCCGGCCACUGAGGACCACUUCCGGUUGGACCACCGGAUGUAGUGAUCAUCACAGAUCUGACCGGGAGCACCAAUUCUUGUAGUCCUUGUAAGUGUUCGGCCUGUGAGACAAAAACUCUUGUUGUCCGGUCAGUGAGACAAAACACCUAAACAAUUUUGUAGUCAACUGAGUACUAGAUAGAUUGUCGAAGGGGAGGUAGCAAGUGUUAUUGUUUCAACGCUGACAAGAUUUUUCAAAUGACAACAGGGGAACAAGUGUUGUUGCAAUGAUUAUGGGAACAAUUAUUGUCAUUCAACAAUAUGUCGUUUUAUCGAAGAUUUAAUUUACUUGACAACUGGAAUAAUAAUUGUUGUUUCUGGUGAAGAUAUGUAGUGUAAUGAAACGAGGAUUUGUAGCAUGUUGCAAUGAUGAAGGAAACAAGAACGUUCUUGAAUUAUGUAAUUAAAUAAACAACUGUUGAUAAUAUUUUGUAAUACAUGGGAUGAGAUGGCUAAUUCAAAUUGUGGUUUUCAGCUGAAAACAUUUAAUUGUUUUUCCAAUUUAUUGUUGUUGGUUAACAAGAUCUUCAUUUUAUAUCUUUAUAUGAAAGUUCAUGAUUAAAAAUAUGGAGAGAAAAAAAUAAGGACACCUUGUACUAUUUAUCUCCCGGAUUAGUUUGGUUGGAGCAUUGGUAGACACUAAAAGUGAAGUAAAAAAUCAAUUAACAGUUCAUCUCGCUCUGCUAAGAAUUAUGUAAAAGAAAUAUGAAUACUUCUAUUUGAGUUACCUGAAAAAUAUUCCAAUCAGUUGAAAUCCUUCCAAGUUAUGUUAUUUGAAACAUGAAUUUUUGAAAUGUAAUGCAGGAAUGAUCAGCUCUCAAUAGAUGUGGUUAGUGAAAUUAUAAAUUCAUUGGCCAGUGUAAAAGCAACCUUUACAAAAAACGUCUAUUUUGUUUUAAAGAGUCUAAAAACAAUAAGAAGAUCAAUCAACAUUUUUUUAGAUACUCCAUAUUAAACAUUUGACAUUAACAUUUUUUAAGAAAACAGCAGUUGUAUUUUGAGUAGUAAGAUUAUGGUUAGGCUUAUAACCACCUAGACAUGUCAGUUAUUGGACAAGAUAACUUUAACUUGAAUAGAUUGAUAUUGAGCUUGAGAGGGUUUUAGGUUGUUUAAUUUUACUAUUAUUCAAGAUUGAAUAAUGCAUUGGUUCAUUGAUUUGACGGUUUGAAUGAUGGAUUAUUUUACCAGUGAUCAACAAUAAAUUAUUGUUGGUUAACUAAAACAGUUUUUUAGUAAAUGUUCCCAUAAAGUAUAGACUCAGCGUAAGACUUAAUCUUGAAAUCUUCUUCAAACACACACACACAUGUACCUAAAAAGUAAAAAACAAUGUACAUAUUAGAGUAUUUAGGUUUACAUUUCGUGCAAUAUUAUAUAUUGUCUAUGUAGUGUUUUUUACACUGUAGAAAAAAAACAUCAACCCAGUUAUUGUAUUCAUUAUUGUUAUGAUUUGAGGAAAAAUAUUGAGUUGUAUAUAAGGAUGUUUUCGUGUUUAAAUUUUUUUGAAGUAUAAUUUGUUAGGAAAGGCUGAUUAUUAUGCGCGAGUGUUGGCGUGUUUACGUGCAUGUUUAGUUUUAUCAUUUUCAAGAUUCUAAUUUCUUAAAAGUUCGAGGAAUGAAAAAUGUUUAUUAGGUUAGGUUUAUAUCACAAAAUUUGUGAAAAUACAGUUUUAACUAAGAAGACAAAGCUGACAAUUCUGCUAGAAAAUAAUUAUUGUUGCUAAAAUGUGUUUUUGAACUCAAUUCAUGUCCAUGUUUUUUGAACCCUAUCAUGUCCAAAUUUUGAACUCACCUCAAAAUUUUCAUGGAUUCUCAUGGAUAUGUGUUGCCUUCAAAAAUGAAAAUUUAUCAGUUUAGAAUUACCUCAUUACCCAAAAUAGAUUUAUUCAGUUGAAAAUUUCUCUCAAGUCCCCAAUCGUCAAUUAAUGGUAGACAAAACACAUUUGAAAAGAGUGCUAAACUGAUAGUGAUUAUGUAAUUUUUGUAUGUAGGAUAAAUGUAUAGAAUGAUUCAACUUGUAUAGCCUACUCAGUUUUAUUCUGUUCAAUUGAAAAAAAUUAUUUUUCAAGUUUUUAAUUUAUUGAUUAGGUUUACAACGCUUUGAUUCGGUCCAAAGAAAUUCUUAGCUAAUGAAUGAAAUUGAUUUUUCUUCACAAAUGUUAUUAAUUAUCUUAAGAAAAAAGAUGUUCUUAAUUUCCAACUACAUGUUUCAGAUUUCUCAAAAAAAUUUGUUAGAGCUUCUGUAACUACACAUUCUAAUACAUGUGAAUGAAUAUUUCCUGAAAGCUCUGUAUUUCUAUGAAGCUGGGUUUUCGUGGAAUAGCAUAAAUAAGUUAUUAAAUAAUAAACUUAAAUAUAUGUUAUUAAAUAAAUUCAAACUCACUGUAAACUCAAUUAAUUGCUGCAAGAAGUAUUAUAAAAAAACAAGUGAUUUCAUUUAUAAAUUUUAGAAAAUUUCUAUCAUUAGUUUUUCUUUCGGUUGCCAUGUGUGGAACUUCAAAGCUUUGAAUUAAUAAAAUUAAUCAUCUCUAAUCAAAAAUCUUGAUCCCCUUGAGGCAUAAUGGUACAAAAUAGUUUUUUUUGCUCAUUUAAUUGAAUUUUUUGACAAAUCGGCUCAAAUUUAUUUUUGUUGAAUAAAUCUAGUCAUAAGUAGUUGAUUUUGUUGCACUUGUUGAAUAAUUAUACUGUUCAUGCCUGUAUUUGUUGUAAUGAAUAUUUUAAGAUUAUUUGAAUCCUUGUAGAUUUUAUAGACAGACAUUCUUAUGCUAUUAGAAACCAUGAUUUCCAAAUUACACAUGUUAUACUGUUAGUUAUGAUUGAAAUGUUUUUGUGAAUAGAUUAGGAAAAAAUUACCUAGUGCUUGCAUGUAAUGGUUAUGGUUGAACAGAUUAUAGAAUUUAUUGAAAUUAAUUCCUUAUAUUCAUGUGCAAUAUCAAAAAAUGUUGGAAAACUGUUGAAGAUAAGUUUUUACAGGAUAAUCUUUGUUGGAGAGGUUGUCAAAAAGUUAGUGUAAAAUUCUUAUUUCUGCCUUAACUUGGCUUAGGAUAAGAUAAUGUGCUGUAUUCAAUAGAAUAUUUGAAUCAAAUUUAUAUUGAAUAAUGCAUGUGAAAAAUUAUCAUUUACCAAUGAUUUUGAAAAAAAGUUUAUUUUUAGAAUUUUAGUUGUGUUACGUUAAUGCAUCACAUCAAAAACUCAUUAGACAUCACUGAUAGAGUUUUAAUUUACCUUUGUAUGACGGUGGCUUCACUCGCUAGGGAUAAUUAGGAGGCCUGACUCAAGGAAAAUCUCAACAUAAUUAUGUAGAUUUAAAAUCCAAGGAGAUUUCUUUAAUUCAUUGAGAUUUUUCUUGUGCAGGCAUUCGAAUUUCUCGGUACGUCCGCUUUAUACAUUCAACAGUGCCAAAUAAUUUGCAUAAAAUAACGUGUUUGAAAAUGACGUAUUCGGUUGAAUUCAGUUCGAACUAGAAUUAUAACUUCAGUUGAAAUUUGAACAUAAUUGCAAUGCUAAGCUCUUUUUUCCAUUAGCCAUUUCUAAAUACAUUGUUAUAAUUAUUGGUAACUGUUUUAUCUUUCAUUUUCCAAAACUCCCUCAGAUUAAAACUUGAUAUGUAAAGGUUUCGCUAGAAAGCAAGUUUCAAUUUUUAAAUAGGAGGACGGGUUGGUUCUAUGCAGUGUAUGAGGUUCAAUUACUAGAAGUAUUUUUUUAGUAAGUUAUAUCAGGAAACCUAUUUCCUUCAGAUUUUUAGUGAUAUUUCUAUUGAAUUAGAAAAAAAUAAUUUAUUGGAAAACAACCUAUUGUUUAGUACUAUUUUAGACAUUACAUUAUACCGAAAUAUUUAUUGAUUUGAAUGACUCUAUUCAAUUUGUUGUAGUCAUGUCUCAGCAAGCACUUGUUCACGAAAUUACUGCAGUUAGUUGAGUAUAUCGAUAAAGCUGGUCACAUCAGAUAUCACUGUAAAGUCGGUUAUCUUUAGUUAUAACAUUGAAAUCUCUUCUAAUAAAAUAUUAUUCUUUAUUCAUAUAUCAUUUCAAGGAGAGUUUCACAAAACUAAUUUGAAACCACAGCUAAAGCUUCACUUGCUUUUUAGAAUUUGCAGCCUAAUUCAAUACUAUAUCUAGCACUCGAAUUUCGUCAAAAACCAAAUUGAUUUUAAAUUACUGUAAUCGUAUUUAACAUUUGCGACCCAAUUAUCACACAGAAAAAAGUUGAACUUGCACGAAUCCAAUUAACGUUAUUCAUUUCAAAAUUUUAAAGUUGCAAAAAUUAAGGGCCACUAACCUUUUUAACAGCGCAAACCACUUUGAAAUUGGCCCAAUAUCAAGGUCACACUGGCUCUAAUUAUUUUUUCAAAAGUCUUUCAUUUUAUAAAAAAUAAUGUCAUCAAAUUUUGAAUUUAGUGUGUGCCCAGCCAGCCUAUUUGUGCCAAUUAGAGGUCUUGAAACUAGUUAAGUUCAACUACUCUACCGUUCAAUUCUUACCUGUCUGUGAUUUUGGUCUAUAUUUUUCC